ACUAGAAAGGAAGUAACCUGGUGACACACCAAGCAGGGCUGUCCCCAGACCUGUCCCCAGAGGAAUCUGAAGCGUCCUACUGCCCUGGGGUGUUGGUCACAGCUGCCCCAAUCCCAGCCUGUGGAUGCUGCAAUUACCUCAGAGCUCGAAACCGGCUUCCCACCUGACUGAGUCAGCUGAAAACAAAACACAUCUCUACCACACGCUGGCACAAACAGCCAAGCCACUAAUCAGAGUCCCCAGAUGCUGGCAGAGAGAGCACAGCCCUACCCUGGCCAGGAGAUCGGCACAUGCCCAGGGACCACCAGAGAGAGGGUCAACAGGGGCCCAGCUGCUGCCUGCCUGUGGAAGGAGUACUCGCUCCCCUGCCCAUGUUCCAGCCCUGCCCAUCAGCCCUCAGCCUUGCUCUGCUCCUGUUCUGCCCGUUCUGCCCUACAAAACCUCCCUCCUGCUAGUCUUCUCUCACCACCCAAGAGGCAAACGAAGAACCACCUUGAGCAGAAACGCACAGCCUCUGCUGCUAGCCCUUGAAGGGUGUCCCUCUGGUUCCUGGCAUUCAGCACUCUAGCAAAAAGGUCACCUGCUGCUGCUGAGCCCCUUCGUGGGGCUUCUCAGAUGCCAGACCCACUAGAUGACUCUCAGGAGCUCCAUGGAGACUUGGCGGAAAGGCUCCUUCCGCAAUGCCUCCUUUUUCAAGCGAAUCACCCUGGGGCGGCCACGGAGACUGCAGCGACAGGGCAGCAUACUAAGCCAGGCCAGCACUGCUGGUGGAGACCACGAGGAAUACAGCAACCGGGAAGUCAUCCGGGAACUGCAAGGGAGGCCAGACGGCCGGCGUCUGCCCUUGUGGGGGGAUGAGCAUCCCAGAGCCACCCUAUUGGCCCCACCCAAGCCCCCACGCCUCUACCGAGAGAGCUCCAGCUGCCCCAACAUUCUGGAGCCCCAAGCAACCUACACAGCUGGCUACUCGGCCACCUUGCCUUCAGCAAUCUCCCUGACAGGGCCCCUUCACCAGUGCUCAGAGGAGGCCCUCUCGGACACUCCUACUCCGGACCUCAGUGACCCUUUCCUCUCCUUCAAAGUGGACCUGGGGCUUUCACUUCUGGAAGAAGUUCUACAGAUACUAAAGGAGCAAUUCCCAAGCGAGCCCCACUUCUGACCUGGGGAGGGUAGCGAGAACUGGGGUACCUGGAGGAGUGGAGGCUGUGGGACCUAGGGAAGGACCCAGUGUGGACUAAGGAGCAGGUGGGGACCGGAAGCCACAGUUCUCCCUGCCCUCUGGCUGCUGACCAAUCCUUCAAGUCACCCAAAGUGAAGGGACAAAAGCCAGCUGGAAAUAUAUGGGAGUCACUUUCUGGCAGGAGCCCUGAAAGAAGCUGGAGGAGCCAGGAAAAGGAUGCCAAACCUGCAACCACAGGAACCAGUCAGAGGUCAGUGGAGAGACAGGGCGGCACAGGGGCGAGCCUGGGAGUAGGACUCAGACUGGGCAGAACACAUAGAUAGUGGCAUGCACCAUCCUCUAAAGACCAUGUCAACAGAGAAGUCACAGGACAGUCUAGGAAGACAUAGUAUAACUGAGACGAAAAGGAAGUGGGGAGGUCAGAGAGGCAGGAAUAGACAACUCACCACUUACUGCACAGGACUGUUUAAUGAAGGAAAAACAAACUGAAAGGUCAGCUCCAGAGGCUGGGGAAUGGCUCAGUGGAUACAAUGCUUGCUGUACAAGCAGGAGGGCCUGAGUUUAGACUCCAGUACCCACAUAUAAAAGGUAGGCAGGGAUGCUAGCCCAUCUGGAAUGCUGGCGCUGAGGAUGCAGAAACUAGGGAUCCUAGGGGCAAAUGUCAUAGUCCAGGCCCAGCAAGAGAGCCUGCCUCAGUAAAUAAAACAUGGAAAACAAUUGAGAAAGACAUCUGAAAUCAACCUGUGACCGCCACUUCACACACUCACACACACUAACACUCAUAUAUAUAUACGCCAUACAGACACAAACACAAAGAAAAAUUCAGUUACUUUUCAUCCUAGCCCAUUUUUGUUUGUUUGUUUUUGAGACAAGGUCUCAUAUGUAGUAAGAGUGGCCUUGAACUUCUGAUCCUCCUACUUCCACCUCCUGAGCCAGGGAUUACACGUGUCAUCACACCCAGGUUUUUUUUUUUUUUUUUUUUUUUUUUUUUU